AUGGCCACCUCGGGCCUGCCCCCCACGUCCCUGCGGACAGCAGCUCCUGGCAACUCCUUCAACAUGUCCUCGCUUCACCAGAAGCCCGCGAUGCGACCGAUUGGCACGCCCUUCUUCAGCCCACCGACGGCCGUCACUGUCCGCAUGCGACGCCUGCCCCUGGGCACCACCGACGAAAACUUGCGACUCAUGGUCCUCUGGGCCAAGGACCUCAUCAGCGCGGAGGUCCUCUCCCCACCGCUCUCUGACGACGAGGGCUACCUAUCCGGCGAGCUUCGCUUCAAGUCCAUGGACAGCGCUGUCCAGGCACAGAAUAUGUUUGACGGAAAGACCAAUUCAGCCGGCGACGCCAACAUGAUCGUCACCGUAUUGGGAAGCAGUCCCUCGACUGUGCCUAGCGACCCUAGUCCAACCAACACGGGCGCUGCGCUCGCGACGGCUUCUGUGAGCACUAUGCCUGGUCCUGCGCACACGGCGUCGCAGUCGUCGUCGGGCUUCUCGAGCGCGUUCGGAUCACUCGACAGAAUGUCGACGCACCCUCACAGCAUCGACACGCCCAACGGCUACUCGCAAUUUCGGGGCGUUUUCAGUCCCACGUCCCCCAUCGGGACGAAGCCGCAGGAUGUUAAUGGUGUUUCUGGCAAGAACUUUAUCGAGAACAAUUCAAACGACGAUGAGACGAGCGAUUUGAUCAACAACCCCAUGGCCUUUGCCGAGCGAGGCGGUGGCCCUACUGGGCGUCGCAUGACGGCGCCCCAGUUUCCCGUAUCGCAAAUGGCCAACAUGUCCAUCAACACCAAUGUCGGCAACACAGCCCCUUCUGUCACAUCGCCGUACAACCAUCCCAUGUCUGCGCAUCCCUAUGGGCAUCACUACCCCAUGAACAACCACUCGCACCGACCAAACCUGCCGCCCGUCAACCCGGCCGAUCAGAACCCACCGUGCAACACUCUGUACGUUGGCAACCUGCCCCUCGAUACGCACGAAGAGGAGCUGAAGCAGCUCUUCUCCAAGUGCCGGGGCUACAAGAGGCUGUGCUUCCGAACCAAGACAAAUGGACCAAUGUGCUUUGUCGAGUUUGACGACACCACUUUCGCGACCAAAGUACUACACGAUUUGUACGGGCAUCUGCUCUCCAACAGCAACAAGGGUGGUAUUCGGCUGAGCUUCUCCAAGAACCCGCUUGGCGUGCGCGGCCCCAACCACCACGCAGCGGGACAUGCACACCACGGUGGCAUGAACAACAACAUGAACGGAUCAGCGCAUGCCUUCGCAUCGGCCAACGGACCCCCGCCAGGCUUGUCUGCACCUCCCGGACUGGGCCCAACCCGUAUGAACCACAACGCUGCCGCUGCGAACGGAGGAUACGGGCCCAACUACGGAUGGAACAGCCCCAUGCAAAAUGGCUACAGCAAUGGCCAUUCCCCAGGCACGCACACACCCAACGGGCAUUACAGAACGAAUGGUUCUGGACCACUGCCGCCACACAUGAUGGGGAUGUAG